AUGGCUGGAGGUGGCAGCGUCUUUCUCGGCCUCGUCGUUGUGGCAGCCAUGUGCGUAGGCGCAUGGUUCUUCUCGCCAAAGGGUGAGAACCAGACGACGUGGCGCUCUUCUCUGAUCAUCGCAUUCAUCGCCUGCUAUCUCAUGUGGUUCAUCACCUUCAUGGCACAACUCAACCCCCUCAUCGCACCGAAGAACCCAAACGUCCGCAUGGGAUUUGAACAUGAAUAG